AUGGCCGACGAUGAUAACUUCGACAUUGACAUCUAUGGUGAUGACGAGCAAGACCUUAAGCCCGAGCCCCAGCCCGAGGAAGAUCAGAAGCAACAAGGCACCGACUACGACCCGGGUCUCGACGGAACCAACUACGGCCAGCAGCCCAACGAACCCGAGACGGAACCCCCAAUAGACGACGGUCCCAAGCUGGAAGGCGAUCCCGACGAGAUGAAAGUCCAGUAUGAGAAGACGCACGGUGGUACCGAUUCAAGCGGCCUGCAGGAGCAGCAACAGAUCCUCAGCACUACCGGUUCAUCGACCGACCAGUACAAUGCCCCAAAGCAGGCACCCACCGAACAAGGUACCAAACGCAAAGAGGGAGAAGACACUCGUGAAGUGGACCCGGGUGCUACAUCUGCUUUGAGGCUGGGAGAGCUUCAAUGGUGGAUCAGCGAGGACGACAUCAGAGGUUGGGCCAACCAAUGCGGCUGCGAAGACGAACUCAAAGAGGUCACCUUCAACGAGCAUAAGGUGAACGGAAAAAGCAAGGGGUGGGUUGAUCCUCGUGCUUUGACGCAAGAUUGA